ACAGUUAAAGAUUGAUUCCUGUAUGCUUAUAUUACUCUUUGGAUUGAUUCUAAAAAUGCGUCAGUUCGUAUAGAUGUUGAUUGUUUUUAUCUUUCUUUAAUUUUUUCCUUUCAUUAGGUAAUUAGCUUUUUCGAAUAUAAUUAAACUUGCGCCAAUAAUUAACGCCACACGUACGAAGUCGCGGUUGGCCGCUAGUAAACAAAUAAAAACUGAUCAUAAAUUCACAACUAUGUUUUUGUUUAUUAUUAAUGAAUGAACAGUAGAUAUAUUCUUGUCAAAAAGUUCAAAUCUGGGCUUUUAAGAUGAAUAAGAUAUGUAGGAUUUGCUUAGAAGAAGGUGUUUUGUCUUCAAUUUUCGCUAAAAAUUAUCCCGUAUCAUUAUGCGAAAUGAUAGAAUUUACUACGAAAGUUAAGAUAAGAAUUAAUGACGGAUUGCCAGAACAAAUAUGCAGCAACUGUGUAUAUAAAUUAGGUGUAGCCUAUCAUUUUAAGCAAUCUUGCGAAAGCGCAGAUUUACGUCUCCGAGAAUAUUUAGCCCUAGAUAUGCCAAACAGAGUCAAAGAUGCAAUAGUAAUGACUGAUCCCAUAGUUGUAACCCAACGGACUAUAAUUAAGAAAUGUAAAUGUAAAAAUGUAGAACAGAAAAAAACCUCAUCAAAUUACAAAAAAAAGCCUGAAUCUGAAAAGUUAAAAAGAGGACCAAAGCCGAAGCAGAAGCAGGAUCACUCUUGCUAUCAAUGUGAUAAACAAUUUAAAUGUAAAGCCCAGUUAGAAAUACAUGUCAGGACACAUACAGGUGAUAAGCCCUUUGUCUGUAUGUUCUGCCCACGGAGAUUUACUCAAAAACAUAAUCUUACAAUACAUCUUCGUAUGCACACUGGCGAGAAACCUUUUCAAUGUGACGUGUGCAGUAAAACAUUUUCAGCUCAAGGGAAUCUACAAACACAUUUGAAAAUACAUACCGGACAAAAAGACCAUGUUUGUUCUUUAUGUAAAAAGUCAUUUAUAACAUCAAGUGAACUGACAAGACAUAUGUUUAAACACAGAGAAGUAAAAGGUUUUAAAUGUGACAUCUGUGGUGCUGCCUACGUCCAUAAUAGAGAUCUAAAGAAACAUCACUUGAGAAAACAUAAAAUAUCUGAGACAUCUAAGGCUCAAAAUGACUACAGUAAUAGCAAUAACAUAGAUAUAAUAGGAGUAGAUGAAACCAAGAGUAUAUCUGUUCCAGUAGGAAAUGACGUUCCAGACAAUAAAAUUCCAAUAAGUAGUGUAAAUAGAAAUCAUCAUUUAUAUGAGAAUAAAGAUUUGAAACAUGAUCACCAGUAUGCAAGUAACAUACCUUGUGAUUCUCUACAUUGUUCAGUUUGUGGGGAGAUAUUUCACUAUAUGGCACCUUUGGCUCAGCAUUAUCUUAUUCAUCAUAAGGGUAUAUAAAUAAAUUUAAUAUAUAUUUCUAAUCUUACUCAAAAUCUGGAGCUACCGGACUGAGGAGGUACCUGAACCUUACAGAAAACCACACCCACAAAAACACCUUUCAAGUAGCGUUGUGGUUGUAUGAUAUGCAAGGUACCAAAACUUGUCAAUGCCCUGUAUUAACAACAGAAAUGGGGUCAUCAAGCCCCUGUGACUCUCUUGGGAUUACUGGAAUCCCUAUCUAUGGUAACCAUUUUUAUGUGGAUCAUAUACAUGUUUACUACUCUGUUAGUAUAAAAAGGGAGGUUUUAACAAGAGCAAAAAAGGUUUGACAUAUGUUUGCAGACUUAAGAUUGGUCAAUCAUUAUAUGAGUGUGAAUCAUUAUAAUUUCCAAUAUUAAUGGGAUUAUUUAAACAAAGCCAGCUUACAUAAGUGGUCACAGCUUUCUUAUACAUAAAACUCUGUGUGUGCAUUACAUGUGAUAAAACUAAAAAAUAAAUAAUUAUUCAACAUA